AUGACCGACCCAUACUUCGCUCCGCAGCAGCAGCCGCCGCCCGUAUACAAUAACUACUACGAGCCAGCUUACGACCAGCAACACCAUCCGCCCCUCCCUCCCACGCCCUCGUCCCCGUUCUACCCCAGCUACGUCCACCCCUCGCCAUACAACGAUGUAAGCCAGAUCCCGCGCUCCCAUGCGAGAGAGAUCUCCCCUAUGAAUCAAGAGUACUCUCAACCCGUACCUCCGCCUCAAACGGAGAACCACUACGACCCCGACCGUCUCGGCGCGCAAUACAUUCCUCCUCGCCAGGGAAGUAGCGCGGAGUAUUACGAUCAAUCCCGGUCCUUUCCGAUGGGGAAUGAGGAUUCCGUGACUGGACAUGAUGUUCGAGAGGGCGCAUCCUACCCCUCCGCAGAGGCAGAGGCAGACCACGAUGCGGCUGCAGGCGCACCCGGCACUGAGCGCGGGCUGGCCGGGGCGCUGCUCGGUGGCACGACGGGGUAUUAUCUGGGUCAUAAGCGGAGUCAUGGGUUUCUUGGGGCGGUGGGCGGGGCGUUAUUGGGGAGUUUUAUGGAAGAUCGAUUGAAGAAGGACUCUGGUGGUGGUGGUGGUGGUGGGGGCAUGGGAGUGGAGGUGGAUAUGGGGGGAGUGGGGAUGAUGGUUCUCGGGGGAGUAGCCACAGUCAUAGCCAUAGCCAUCAUAGUCAUGGGCAUGGGCAUGGACAUCAUCACCACCACCAUCAUCAUCAUCGGCACCAUCGGCAUAGGCAUCAUUCAAGUGGGGGGUUGGGGGAUCUCCCUCGGAAACAAUUUCUAGAUACUAUUUUAGAGAGCGGGUGAUUAUCGGGUGGAGUGGAGGAGGGAGGUAGCAGUUUAGCGAGUGUUUCUUUGUUGGACGAGGGAUUCUCGUGAUGGAUUGUUUUAUGAAGAGAUAGUUGACCCAAGGCAGUGAGUCAGCUCUUUGUUUCAUCUGGAAAUGCAGAUAAUGCGGUGCUGGGAUGUCCUGCGGUGUAAGUGCUACCAUCUGGGGCGCCGUACCUGUAACCCAGACUGUGUCAGUGUUAAUGCGAUAGCAUACACUGUAUAACUUAGAUGGCAGCUUAUGAAUGACGACAACGGGGCGUGGGAUAUCAUCAUGGCUUGCCGGCGGUGCCUUGCAGGUUUUCAGCGCCACUUAGACCCUGGUGCUGCGGUGGCUUAAG